GUGGGAGGGACAGAGGAUCCAGCCCUCUGGGACAGCAGUGUGUGUUUUGGGGGUGGACAGAGUGGCUUUGUAUGCAGAACAUCACCGGACACCGACGGGAGGGACGCUGUCAGUUGUUCUCUGUGUGUGUCUGUAGUGAAACCAGACCUACCUCUGAUCCCCGCACCACACACACACUCCUCCAUCUGCUGCCCAGGAGCCCGCCUUCUGCCUCCUCUGGUCUGGUGGUGUGUCUCGGAAAGCUGAUUCAUGUAGGUGAGGAGUGACGGGCUGUGAUGUGGAUUAAACUUUCCCGGGGCUCGGCCGUGACAGCGAUGGACCGGAUCCAGGAGGCACUAAGUUUAGACUCUUGAGUGAAUGUCUGGAGGAGCCCGCAGGAAGAAAACCAGCCAUCCUCUCAUCUUGGCUUGAUUGUAGCGUUUGUAUUUUGGUGUCUGGACACUGUCCACGACUCUGUGCUGGUACCUGAGUGGCCCAUGUUGGCGGUGAGCGAUGCGGAUUUGAGCAAACUCAGCGCCCCGAUGCCUGCUGCUAUGCUCCCGUGCCCUGCGCCGGCCGGGCCUGACUGGAGUUUCCAGAAUCCGGUCGGGGUGGACUGCAGCUCCCCUGAACCUCGCUGCAUUUGGCUGGCGGUUCUCCGUGGAACUGCUGGCCCUCUGUCACCACCUGCACCCCACGGCAUGCCCACUGGGCGCAGUCAGAGCUUUCAGCAGCCCAGGGCUAAGGGGCGGAGGGAUGGUCUCUCCUCAGCCGGUGACAACCCUCGGCCGCCGAUGGCGACCCGGCCGGGAAGGGAGGGGGUCGGCAUGGGCUGGAAGGGUCCCCGGACGCUGGUCCUCCAUAAGAACUCCCAGGGUUUCGGGUUCACGUUACGCCACUUCAUCGUAUACCCUCCAGAGUCCGCCCUGCACACCAACCUCAAGGAUGAGGAGAACGGCAAUGGAAAGGAUUAUCAGAAAGGUCAACUGGAGCCGAUGGACACCAUAUUUGUGAAGAAUGUGAGAGAAAAGGGUCCAGCCCACCAGGCUGGCUUGUGCACAGGGGAUCGGCUGGUGAAAGUGAAUGGAGAGAGCAUUCUAGGAAAGACGUACUCGCAGGUGAUUGCUCUCAUCCAGAACAGUGAGAGUGUGUUGGAGCUCUCCAUAAUGCCAAAAGAUGAAGACGUACUUCAGUUGGUAAGUGCGUACUCCCAGGAUGCCUACCUGACGGGUAACGAACCCUACGCCGGGGGAGCUGAGAACCUCCCGCCACCGCCUCCCGUCUGUUACCCACGCGCCAAGACCACGCCCCUUUCUGGAGCUCCCCCGUCUGCCCCCAUGGGCCAGAACCAGCUGGAUAACUGGAGUCGCUGGCAAGGCUCUUCCAGUCCCUCAUCGCCUUUAGACAACCGCUCUGCAGUGGGCAGCCCCGCCAGCUGGCAGGAGGGGCGAGCCGGUGAGACUGGCGGUGUGGGUCACACUAGUCCGGCCCACCGCACAGAGGAGAUCCAGUACGGUAUGACCAGCCAGCAACCUCAGGGCCAGAUCAGGGGGCGCUCGUACUCUUCUUCGUCCUCUUCUGGGGGUCUUUUGUCCAGCCCGCUGCAGGUCCACUACCCCAAUCACCACGGUGCCAGCUCCACGCAGGCCCAGCCACGCAAGUCCAGCUCGGCCUGGACCAGCCCCCCUCAGCCCCAGGUCAGCCAUGGCCGCAGUGAGCGCUGCCACCAAGCCCUCUCUGACUGGUACUACAACCAGAUGCCUGAGCACUCAGGACGCAACAUGCAGACCCGCCACCGCAGCUACUCUCAAGACCGGCUCAGUGAAACAAGGAGGCAGCAGCAGCGGACAGGUGGCUGGCCCCACAGCGCCUCCCAGGACACUCUGUUCUUACUACAGCAGUCAGGACCAGGACCCCAUGGGGAGCCCUACUGGUCCUACGGAGACUGGGAGGGUGGUCCAGGUAGAGGCCAGCCAGCCUCUAACUACACUCGGACACGCUCUGAAAAUUUAUUGGCCCAGUACGACCGCCACGGCCGCUCAUUAGAGAUGUUGGACCGAGCAGCAGCUGGACUGGUCUCGCCUCGGUUCGAGAAGUCUUCGUGGCUCCAGCAGGCUCCCCAGCCAGCCCCAAGGACUGACGCCUACCCCAGGCAGGGGAGCCACUUCGGUGCAGCACAAGCUCUUCCGGUGUCCCGACACGCACAUUCUAAACACCACCCCCAGACCCACGGCCAAGCCCACUCCCAGGCCCAGCCCCAGCAGGCUGCCCCUCAGAGCAGAAGGCUCCCCGCGGGGCAGAGCAUGGACGACCAGCCAGUAGGCUACCGCAGCUACAGCCCCUCUUUUUACCGCAAGACCGGCCGCAUCAUGCAGCAAGCUCACUCUUUCAGGGACCCUUCAUACUCUGGCCCCCACUUGAACUGGAACCCAGCACCCACAGAGGGCACGUCAGCACCUCUCACUGCCUCUACCACGUCCCCCCUUGCCUCCGCCUCUCCAGAAUCUCAAGAUCGAGGGUACAGGCCGACGAAUCACGAGAGGGAACGAGGGGCCGUGGAGGGGCAGGCAGAGUUGGUGGCACAGACCCAGGAAGUGGUCCUGAGGCAAAAACCUCCCACCGGGCGACGGAACGCCCAUGGCAUGCGUCAUCCCCACUACGCCCUACCUAUAGAUGGGCUAGAACCCUCUUUGUUUUCUCCCGAUCCCAAAGAAUCUGCCCCCGCCCCUGGUUCCACAGGAGACGUAGCCUCACGCAAACCAAAUGGCAACAUUGCCCCCCUCCCUAUAGAGGAUGACUCUCUUGCCUCCAUCCCCUUCAUAGACGAGCCGACGAGUCCCGGCGCGGAUUUGCGCGCCCGCCACGUUCCGGCGUCCUCCGUUGUGUCCAGCGGCAUGAGUUCUGCGUCCGCCGUGGUCACGAGCCCCGCAUCCCCCACCUUCACCUUCCCCCUCACUAGGCUCUUCUCACACGACUGCAGCAGUAUUAAAUCCAGUCGCCGUUCCUCCUAUCUUCUAGCCAUCACCACGGAGCGCUCCAAGUCAUGUGACGAAGGACUCAACACGUUCAGAGAGGAAGGACGGAUCUUGAGGCUACCAAAAAGAGUGAAGAGUUUCUUUACAGAUGGGUCUCUGGACAACCUUGGCACGGCAGAGGAGGUUCGCUCCAAACGUCACUCCACAUCUGAGCUGGGAAACAUCACUUACAGCGAUGUCCGGCGAGAAGGAUGGCUGCACUACAAACAAAUUCUCACAGAGAAGGGCAAGAAGGUUGGCAGCGGCAUGCGUCCCUGGAAGCGCGUCUUUUCGGUUCUUCGCUCCCAUUCGCUGUUCCUUUACAAGGACAAGAGGGAGGCGGUGCUCCGCGGGGCAACUAUGGGAGGCUCAGCCGAGGACGAGCAGCCAAUCAGCAUCCGGGGAUGCCUGGUGGACAUUGCGUACAGCGAGACCAAGCGAAAGCACGCCCUGCGGCUGACCACGCAGGACUUCUGUGAGUACCUGCUGCAGGCGGAGGACCGGGAGGACAUGCUGGACUGGAUCAAAGUCAUCAGGGAGAACAGCAAGACAGACAACGAGGAGCUUGGCUUUUCCAGACAGGCCCUCAUCAACAAGAAGCUCAAUGAUUACAGAAAACAAAGUCCAACAUCCAGCAAGCCAGACUCGUCUCCCAAGAUGUCCCGCAUGAAGCCUCCCUUCCUGUCAAACAACGCUGCCGGAGCCCCACGCUCCCCGAAACCAGAGGGCAAAGAUGAGAGCAGCCCUCCAAAGUCAUGGGGAAUUAACAUCAUGAAGAAGACAAAGAAGGCCGGGCCCAAAGCUUUCGGCGUCAGGUUAGAGGACUGUCAGCCCGGCGUAAAUAACAAGUUCAUCCCGUUGAUCGUGGAGAUCUGCUGUGGUUUAGUGGAGGAGAUGGGUCUGGAGUACACCGGAAUCUACCGAGUCCCAGGGAAUAACGCCAUGGUGUCGUUGCUUCAGGACCAGCUCAACAAGGGUGUGGAAAUCAACCCCGCAGAAGAGAAGUGGCAGGACCUCAACGUCGUCAGUAGCUUACUCAAAUCCUUCUUCAGGAAACUCCCAGAGCCGCUCUUCACCAACAACAAGUACAAUGACUUCAUUGAUGCCAAUCGGAUGGAAAGCGCAUCAGACAGACUGAAGACCAUGAAGAAACUGAUCCGAGAUCUCCCAGAUUAUUAUUACCACACUCUGAAGUUCUUGGUCUGUCAUCUGAAGACUGUAGCCGACAACUCGGAUAAAAACAAGAUGGAGCCCCGUAACUUAGCUCUGGUGUUUGGGCCGACGCUGGUUCGGACGUCAGAGGACAACAUGAAAGACAUGGUCACACACAUGCCUGACCGCUACAAGAUAGUAGAGACUCUCAUCCAGCAUUGCAACUGGUUUUUCACUGAUGAACUCGACAAGGAUGAGAAGACGCCGGUGGACACAGAGGACGUGCAGCCCGCCCCCAACAUCGACCACCUGCUGCCCAACAUCGGCAGGACGGGUCUGCUCGGGGAGGCCUCAGACUCAACCAACAGUGACUCAGCUAAAUCAAAGGGGUCGUGGGGGUCAAAGAAGGACCUCACAGCUAAGGACUUCCUGACUCUGUCCAUUAUGUCAGCUGUGACGGGCCGCAAACGCAGGAAGCGCCACAAUGCCUGCCGCGUGGGCAGCAGCACCGACGACGACUCCGAGCACGAGCCAAUCAAGGCCGGACAUCUGGGAGCAGAGGAGGAAGAGGAGGCAGAGUCGCCAGUGGGAGACACUGCUCCUCGGGCAGAGGGAGAGGAGGACGACGAUGAAGAGGAAGAAGAAGAGGAAGAGGAGGAGGAGGACGAUGAGGAAGUUGUAGAAGGCGGAGUAAAAGAGGAGGUAGAAGAGGAGAUGGUGGCGGCCGUGCCCAGUCGGCCGUGCUGCAAAGAGGAAGAGGAGGCCGGAGGAGGGCAGGCGGCCACGUUGUUGCACGAGGAGGAGGCGCAGGCAGAGGUGAAGGGCCCGAGGUGGCGAGCCCCGGAGGACGCCCGCUCCAUUGUGUCCGGUUACUCCACCCUCUCCACCUUGGGGCGGAGCUUGGGGUCGGAAGGGAGGGGGGACGACGCGGACGACGAGCACAGCGAGCUGGUGAGCGAGACGGACAACGAGAGCGGCUUCGCCUCGCGCUCCCUCACCCAGGAGAGACCCGACAAACACCCGACCGCACCCGUGAACGCCCAGCAGCCGGCGGCCCCGCGCAGCUUCCUCUACACACACUUCAAACCCCCGGUCCUCUCGCCCGCAAACCUUCUCGCCCCGCCCGCCCCCCUCGCGCACACGCCCGACCCUGCGGAGAGGAGUGAAGGAGGGGCUCGCUCCACCACGCCCUCGUCCUCCUCCUUCUCCUCCUCCUCCACUGCUCACAGACUGCACUCGCGGCCUUCCUUCAACUCCCACAAGCUGAUCCAGUGUGACACUCUGGCCAGGAAGAAGUCGGAGAAGACCAAGGCUCGCUCCCUGGACCUGUUUGAGGUGGCUCAGGGCGAGGGGGCCGGUUCUGGGCCAGCAGGCGCUCCGAGAGGGAGCAAGGAGAGCUCCAGGGCCAACACUUCCUCAGGCAGCAGCCAGGACAGCGUGCGGCCGGCGCGGCCCAAGCCCGCCCUGCCUCCCAGCGAGGCCGCCUCCUUCACGCCCACGGGCCCGGGCGCCAGAUCCCUGGCUGAGCAGGUUCGCGCUCGGCUGCUGGGCUCGGCCGACGACCUGCGCAGCGUCGGACUGCGAAAGCCACUGUCGCCCGAGACCCGCAGGAAGAGGCGGGCCUGGCGCAGACACACCGUGGUGGCCUCCCCGACCGAGACGUCCGACAAGAGACCCCCACUGACUGUUACCGACUUCCCUUUGUCUCCCAUUAGCCAAAACCAGGUCAAAACACAAGGGCUGCCUCGGGAUGCGGACAGGUUCGACCAAGGACCGGCCGCACGUCAAGCACCCACCUCCAGAUUCCACCAGUACCUGUGAGCCCUGGCAACUGACCCCAAGCUCCUCUCCAAGAAAAGAGCCCGAGCUGCUGACCCCCUGCAGGUCAGUAAACCGGCAACAGCAUCAACGGAGCCGCGGUUAGUUGCCAGGUGCUCCGCGGAGGACAGGUCAAAAACCACCCUUUUCUUUUUGAUAAGCUCCAUGUGCAUGGCAAGGGGCAUUCCAGUGUUGCCAAAGCUUUUUUUUUUCCUCCCCUUUUUUCCAAUACGUGUGCUUUUAUAGUAAUGAUACAGAGACACAAACAGACCUCAUCACAAUCGAUGUUACAGCCAAGAAUUCUCCUUUGAGUAAUAACCGAGCAUCCUUCCUGUCUUCUCUUCCUUCCUGCCCCGGCUCGCGGACGACUUAAAUUAAAGGGUUAAUGCCUUCAAGCGACCAGAGGAGGAUGCCUCAAAUGGAGCCCUCUCUCUGGUUCUUGAGAGAAUGGUGCUUCUUGUCAAAGUGUGGUUUAACAUUAAUUAGAACUCCAUUUUUCUAAACCUACUUCAGUGAGCCGGAAGAGACAGACACUCACGACAAUUUACCAGUCCACUAAAAUACAAUUUCAAGAGGGAAAUCCCCUGAUUGUCCACGUCGGUCUUCCUGAUCUGCUCCUUCCCUGACCACAGCCACUGUAAAACUAGUCUCCAAACAAACAAACAAACGAAAAGACAAACCCGUCAAGAUACAGUCGCCUCCUUCUACUUGUUAAUAAUGUUUGUGUGUGUUUUGCGCGAGAAUAUACGUCAUCAUGUCUGAGCGUGCCGGUGUUUGUGUUGAACAAUUUUGUAACAUUUGUACAAAGCCUUGUUAAGUUAACCUUUGUAAAUAUAAUGUUAUCAUAUUUGUUUUUACCUUUUUUAGUUAUUUUUUUAUGGUUUACAAAAAUGUGCGUACAGGUGCACAAGUCAUUUCUUUCAAGAUGUUACUUGAAAUGUUUCCCUUAAUAUAUUCUUUUUUUUUUUGUUUUUGUUUUAUAUUCAAUAUAUAUAUAGAUAUUAUAUAUAUAUUUUGUAUUAAAGUAAAAAAAAAAAGUACUUUUAUUGUGAUUUCACCUUUUGGGCGUACCUGUUCAAAGGAGCUGAGAUAAACCCGUUCCUUGUUUCCUCAUACGAUGGCCUUUCUCUGAUACACAGCACUGUGCAGAAGAUCUCUCACGAGUCUUAGAAAUAAACAUCCAGCGACUAUACGUUCAUCCAAGUUGCACAAAACCAUCUAGUAGCUCUUUCUGAAAUGUAAUCUGGUAAUUAUUAGAUUAUACUGGACAGUUUGCAGGCAGCUCAGCACAUUGAUGGCUGACCUCAUCAUUUGUUUUGUUAUUCAUGGAUUACUGGGCAAGAUCUGCUCCUAUUUACAGAGCCCAAGACCACGUAUGUCCUCUCCUGUAAUAGAGACGGAAGAAGAAGAAGAAGCUCGACAGUGUUUAACAGACUGCCACAAUAUGGUGCAAUGCAUUCUACGUUUUCGCCUCUCUCAUUUGGGAUCUUUGCGUUUUCAUCACUUCCCCUCUGAGGGUUCAUCUGUCAGCACAUUUAUUACCCCGGGGUUACAUGACGAGGAGGAGUUUUCCAUAAGGUCAGGUUCUAAUAAAUCCUCCCUGACUUGGGGAAACGGUACACUGGAGGAAAUGAAAACACGGCCAACGUGAGUCCAUUGUUUCUCUCUCGAAAGUGGAACCACAAAAAAUGGCACAAACAGGAGGCGGCUUGAAAAUGUCAUGAGGGAGACGUGUUUUCAUCAAAUAACCCAGUGAAGAGUAACGAUGGUAGAUAAGUUCUAGUCUUACCUCAAGGUUUUUUUUUCCUCCAAGUGCCUGAUUUCUGGAAUGUGUUUUUUGUUCUGCGGUGCCAUGUCUGCUCUUAUCUUUCCGUUUCCUUUUGUUAUUUCUGGGUCUCCUCCCUCCUUUACUGUGGUUGAUAGUAUAACUAAGGCACUGACCCAAAGAUGUGUACAUUAAAUACAAGCGGUCUAACAGAGAGGCUGGGGGAAAAGAGAAAAAAAAAAAAAAGAAGCACACUUUAAGCCAAGGACGCGUCUAUGCACUCUCUUUGCCUUCAGCAGAGGCAUUAACAGCUAAUACUGUUGCUGCUAAGAGGGAAGAGGCAUGGCAUUCUCUCAGCUGCUUUUUCUUAACAAACCGAGGUCAUCUCUCUUUGCCUAGUGAUCCACAGUGUGUGAAUAUGGUACACCUAACCAAGCCCUUCCCUAAAACCUAAAACUGCAUUAGGUCAUGCCAGACAGCAUCCAAUUUCCUAAAGAUGACUGCGUCGACAGGAAACCUCAGCAGUUGGUGUCUGAAAUGUGAUUUUACCUAAUGUCUCGUUGUUGUAUUUUAAAUUUUUGUACAUACUAUCUUAAUAUGUAACAUAUUGUAUUGUGUACAUUUGGAAUUGCUUUUGAGUAUAACUAAUAUGACUGGACUAAAAGGUUGUCCGCCUGAAUCAUUUCCCCUCAUGGCUGUGUGCUUUAAAGCAAGGUUAUAUGAUGUAAAUAAACAGAACUAUGUUUAAAAA